UCUUUUUUUUUCUGCUGCUGCCUUUCUUGAACCAGUCUUCAGUCCACGCCCUGCCUUCCUCUUCCUUCAUUCCAUUGCCCUCCUUCUUCGCCGAGCACCUCUUUUAUCGCGCAACCCCCCUUCUCUCCGGAAGCGGAAGGUCUCCAGAACCAGAACAAUUCCAAGGAGAAACGGAAUACACAAGAGUACGGAAGCUGAUUUCGAUCGUCAUCAGAUACAGUAAGGAGAUGCAAGGAUGGAUCCAAUUGACAUUGGCCGCCACGGUCGUCAUCGUCCUAACGAUCCUCGCCGCCGUCAUCGCGUGUCGGCGUUGCAGUUCGAAAGGGAGCGGCAGCGGGCAGCUUGUCACAAGGACUAGGACGACCGAGUCUCCCCAGGAUGGGAUUUCCAAGCUCCACCAGACGAGCCUGCACCGCCAGCUGGAUCGAGAAGGCAGGAGGCGGCCGGGUUACCACGCGUUCAGCCGCGGGGCCUCGACCAGACCGUUCUUCAGUUGGGCCGAUCACCCGUCGCUCGUCACGGACGCGGUGGAGAGCGGGUGGUCGAGGUUCGCGUUCACGGGCUACAAGUCGUCCCCGUCGACUCGGUCGACGCUGCUCGGCGUCUGUGCCGCGGGCGACCAGAGAAGCGGAAUCAAGCCGGAGAUAAGCUGGGAAGUGUGCCAGGGAUCCGCGGACUUCAUGCAGAAGAUAAGAUUGAAUCCUGGAUUGCUGAAGAAGAUAAGUUUAAGCAACAACAAUCCUAUGGCUGCUUCAUCUGUCAUCAAGACUGCCUUGCCCUUGCCGGGCCCUCCAUUGGGCAAUUCCUCUUUUCCUCAGGAAGCCUACUUCGAGAUCACGAUUUUGUACUCCAGGAGCGGUCGCGAUACCGGCAUGUCCCAGGAAGGCGAGAGGACUAAACUCAUUCACGAUAGUUCCAAUUUGAACGCCAACUCGGAGUCCUUGGCCCAUGUUACUAGCAAUGGUCGCGGAAAUAACUACAAGGUCGAAGAAUUGAAGCUCAACAUUAAGGACGGCGGCAAAGGCGAGUCCGUGGAGGUGUCGCUUGGUCUCACGGCUGGAGGUUCUCUUCCUCUGAAGCUUCCCGGAAGCUAUCCGGGUUCGAUCGGGUUCAAUUCGAAUGGCUCUGUCUUUCUUGAUGGGAUCAAACUCGUGUUUGAAUCCGAGAAGGGAGAAUGGGGAAGGACGGAGAAGGUGAUCGGAUGCGGGUUCGACCCCAGGCAAAAGAAGGUCUUCUUCACGGUGGACUCGGAGCUGAUGCACGUGAUCCACUGCAAGACAGAGGAGUUUGGUGCUCCUCUCUAUCCGACGCUCGCGGCGAACAGCGACGUCAUGGUUCUCCUGAACUUUGGACAAGCUGCCUUCAGAUAUGGACCUGCAAACACGCAGCGCACGUCGAAUCCUUGCUUCAUCGGCCCGCUCACUAACACCCCUGCUGCGGCUCUGGGUUAUGAGGACAGCAGAGAAUUGUUUUCGAUGGGAAGGAUCGACUCCCAGUGGCUUAACCAGUUUAUGAGCAGAGGCAGCCACAACCAUGGUAAUAACAACAGCAGAGUUCGGGAUUUUGAUGAUGAGUCCGAGGCUGAUCUAUUUGAGAUAGCUCUGGAUAGUAGCGGAAGAUCCCCCAACACAGUUUUAUAGCAACGAGAAGUGAAAUGUCACCGUGUUAUAUAUCAAAGUUUGAAAUUUUUUGGCACCAGAAAGCUGAUGCACACCGCUUGUGUGUGAGUAUGAUAGUCUGAGAGGGAAUCGUUUCCUUCCAUCAUAGAAACUGAUACUGAGUUUGACAGAGAGAUCUACGCCUUUUGAACGAAAUCAGAAGCCGUUUCGAGAGUCUUUCUAGUUGUUGUAGGAUUAAGGAUAGUCACUGUACAUCUCUAAUAGCAGUUAUUCUUUGAUUUUGAAGGUUAUUUACUCCUAGGGAGACUUCAUUUUGUUCAUAUCCUCGUACAAAUGCCCAUACAUCUCUGA